AUGUCAAUCUUGCCUGUUCAGGAGAUUCGGCUGCAAGAAGAUGUGGACACUAAGUUGAAAGAACAAACGCUGGGAACAGUUCAGCUUCGCCACAAUGAAACCAAUGAAAUCAUUCUGGUACCCACGCCCUCAAAUGACCCCAACGAUCCUUUAAACUGGUCACCAACACGCAAAUACUACAUUUUUUCGCUGACAUGCUUUGGAAUUUUCUUCGCCCAUGCCGUCAUUGUCGGGCCUGCUGUUGCCCUAGAGUUGAUCACUCUCGAAUUCUUCGGCCCUGGGCCUGACACUGUGCCAAACAACAUUGCUAAAGCAUCAUACCUUCAAACCGGGUGUUCACUCAUGAUUGGUGCGGGCAAUCUUAUUUGGGUGCCUCUGGCAAUCAAAUACGGCAGAAGGCCCGUUUACAUCGCGUCCUACCUUUUACUUACGGCAAGUUGUAUAUGGAGUGGCGCAGCGGCUUCUUUUGGCAGUGCACUUGUUGGCAGGCUCUUUCUCGGCUUUGCUUGUGCUGCUGCAGAAAUCGUCGCACCCUUGACAAUCACUGACUUGUUCUUCUUGCACCAACGCGGGCGUGCCAUGGUCAUCUACACAUGUUCCUUAUCUGCGGGUGUUGGUGUGGGCGUGGUGUUUUCGGGCCUGAUCACACAAACUUACAGCUGGAGGAUGAUAUUCUGGGUAUUUUCUGCCUUCGUCGGAACUUGUACGGUUCUAGUACUGUUCACCUUCCCCGAAACACACUAUCGAAGGCGAUAUGCAACGGAGCUAGAGGUGGUACCAUCCAGACACGAAUCCACCAAGCCGUCUUCUCAGUGUCUUGAGAGCCCUCCUUCUUCUUCGCACACGUCAUCUCCAUCGACGUGGAAGACCUAUUUGGCGACUAUGACAGUCUUCUCGGGGACUUACACUAGCGAACCUCUACUGGCUCUGAUGUUCCGUCCUCUUGUCGCCAUUACUUUGCCAGCCGUAUUCUGGGCGACCUUAAUCAACGCAAUCACCACUGGCAUGAUCGUUGUGAUAUCUGCGAACUUCUCGAAUGCUUUCUCGACGGUCUACGGUUUUCAUACCUGGCAAUCCGGUUUGACGUAUCUCUCUACGAUAUUUGGCUCCUUCUUAGCCAUCUUCUGCGGGGGACACUUCACAGAUUGGAUGGCAGACAAACUGACGAUUCGGAGUGGCGGAACCAGGAUCCCCGAAAUGCGGCUACCUGCAAUGAUAAUCAGCUUGAUCACGGGUCCAUUAUCAUGCAUCUUAUACGGGGCAGGCUUCGAGAAGAAAUUACAUUGGAUUUGUCCCACUAUUGGUAUCGGCCUUGUAAACUUCACCACUGUUCAAUCAAACAACGUGGCUCUUGUGUAUAUUCUUGAUUCUUAUCGGCCCAUAGCCGGUGAGGUUAUAGUAACGCAGUCUUUCUUCAAAGCCGUUUUUGGAUUUCUUCUCAGCUUUUACGUGAAUGUUUGGGUCCAAGAGUCAGGAUAUCUCUCCGUAUUUGGAACCUUAGCGGGUAUAUCGGCGGCUGUGUUCUUGUCAACCAUACCCUUUUACUUUUUUGGAAAUCGAAUGCGACAGGCAACAUGGAAGUGGAAGUUUUCCAGGCAGUUCCUGCACUGGCACCCAGAUCGGGAGGUCGGCGAAUAG